GCCAAUAACCGUGCUUUGCGUGAGAAAAUUCUUCAGGUGAAUCCUCUGGUUGAAGCAUUUGGGAAUGCCUGCACUGCCAUUAAUGACAACUCAAGUCGCUUUGGAAAAUAUCUGGAAAUGAUGUUUACGCCGACAGGAGCUGUAAUGGGGGCAAAGAUUUCUGAAUAUCUACUUGAAAAAUCAAGGGUCAUAAAACAGGCUGUGGGAGAGAAAAAUUUCCAUAUAUUUUAUUAUAUUUAUGCUGGCCUUUACCAUCAGAAGAAACUUUCAGAAUACAGACUUCCCGAUAAAAAGCCUCCUAGAUAUAUUGAUAACGAAACUGGAAGAGUAAUGCAUGAUAUAGUUACUAAAGAUUCUUAUGGAAGACAAUUUGAAGCGAUUCAGCAUUGCUUUAGAAUUAUAGGAUUCACUGAUGAGGAAGUGUACUCUGUGUACAGAAUUCUGACUGGAAUCUUAAAUACUGGAAAUAUUGAGUUUGCUGCCAUUUCUUCACAACACCAAACAGAUAAAAGUGAGGUUCCCAACCCAGAAGCCUUAGAUAAUGCUGCUGCACUACUAAGUAUUGGGUCAGAAGAACUUCAAGAGGCCCUGACCUCCCACUGUGUUGUAACACGAGGGGAGACUAUUAUCCGAACAAACACUGUGGACAAAGCUGUUGACGUGCGAGAUGCCAUGUCUAAAGCACUUUAUGGCCGGCUCUUCAGCUGGAUCGUAAAUCGUAUUAAUACGCUGCUUCAGCCAGAUAAAAAUAUAUGCAAUGCUGAAAAUGGGAUGAAUGUUGGGAUACUAGACAUAUUUGGAUUUGAGAACUUUGCAAGAAAUUCCUUUGAACAGCUGUGCAUAAAUAUUGCUAAUGAACAGAUCCAGUUUUAUUUCAAUCAACAUAUCUUUGCACUUGAGCAGGUGGAAUAUCAGAGUGAGGGAAUUGAUGCUACUACAGUGGAGUAUGAGGACAACCGUCCACUUCUAGAUAUGUUCCUCCAGAAACCCAUGGGUCUACUGUCUCUUCUAGAUGAAGAAAGUCGAUUUCCUCAGGCAACAGACCUAACUUUAGUUGAGCUACAUUUUUCGCUGGGAUAUGAAACAAAGAGUUCUGGUUCCUUCAAUGGAAUGCACAGCAGAGACUCCAACUAUAAAUUUGAAGAUAACUUACGAUGCAAAUACUUUUGGAGACCAAAAGGAGUAGAAUUGUGUUUUGGUAUUCAGCACUAUGCUGGAAAGGUAUUAUAUGACGCCUCUGCAUUCCUUGAGAAGAACAGAGACACUCUGCCUGCUGACGUAGUGGUGGUGUUGCGAACUUCAGAGAACAAACUUCUUCAGCAGCUGUUCUCUAGCCCGUUAACAAAAACAGGUAACUUGGCACAAGCGAGAGCCAGAGUGACAGCAGCAUCUAGGUCUUUGCCUCCACAGCUUAGUUCUGGACGUAUCAAGGUUGACACGAUGGAGGUUAUGCGGCACCCUGAAGAAACAACUAACAUGAAGCGGCAAACUAUGGCUUCCUAUUUUAGGUAUUCCCUCAUGGAUCUUUUAUCCAAAAUGGUUGUUGGACAGCCUCACUUUGUCCGCUGCAUUAAACCUAACGAUGAUCGAGAAGCACUGACAUUUUCUUACGAGAGAGUUCUACUGCAGCUACGAUACACCGGAAUUCUGGAAACUGUCAAAAUACGCCAAAAAGGGUAUUCUCAUCGCAUCCUUUUUGAAGAGUUUGUGAAAAGGUAUUAUUACCUUGCAUUCAAGGCCCACGAGACUCCCCUUGGUAGCAGAGAAAACUGUCUUGCCAUUUUGGAGAAAUCUAAACUAGACAACUGGAUUCUUGGGAAAACCAAGGUUUUUCUAAAGUAUUACCAUAUAGAGCAGUUAAAUUUGUUCCUGCGAGAAGUUAUAGGAAGGGUGGUGGUCAUGCAAGCCUAUAUCAAGGGAUGGCUUGGAGCAAGGAGGUACAAGAAAGUCAAAGAGAAAAGAGAAAAUAGUGCUGUUACCAUACAGUCAGCCUGGAGAGGAUAUGAAGCUCGCAGGAAGUACAAGGAAAUAAGGAACAGAAGAACUGUUGCCGCUAUACAUAUUCAAGCAGCUUUCAGGGGAUAUAUUUUUCGUAAAAACUACACAAGAUUGAAAAACUGCACUGGCUGUUUAGCAGAUCCUCAGCUUAUGAGCAGCUGCUCUACUUCUGAUUUUGGCUGUGAAGACCACUGGCAGCAAACAAGCAACCAGUCUUCUCCUGUGGUGCCUGAUUUUCUUGACAAACAAACAAAAAAGGAUUUGGAUGAAAUUUCUGCUUCUGCGUUUGUUCGACUACAUUCAUUCGAAAUGAAUGAUUCACAAUCAAUUAGCCAAUCCCAGUCAGUUGCAGACCAUCAGUUGUCAAGUCCCUUGAGAUCCCAUAAAGACGGAGGUUCAGAAAACUGUCUUGAACAGAAGCUGAGAACACCUCGUCGACGAUGUCAGCAGCCCAAAAUGCUGAAUAGCCCUGAGGACAACAUGUACUAUAACCAGUUAAACGGAACUCUAGAAUAUCAAGGGAGCAAGAGGAAGCCAAGAAAACUUGGCCAAAUCAAAGUGCUGGAUGGAGAGGAUGAGUAUUACAAAUCAUUGUCAGCUGUUGAUUCUAUCCCUGAAGAUGACAGCUUUCUCAGUUCCCCAUCUUCUCCUUCUUCAAGAGGCAUGUCUUUUGCUCAAAGCUGAACCUCACUUACUGUAUUGACUAAUACUGGUAAGAGUAUUUUCGUGCUGGUAAUGUCUUCCUAUUAACUUUGUGCAUGUGUGUUUAUAUAAUAUAUUAAAAAAUAUAAUUUCAGCUAUUAACUUACUUUUACUGAUUUAGACCUGGGUUUGCAGCUGUAAAUUGUCCCAUUUAGCUGUAUUUCUAUAAGCAAUUCGGUAAAAGGGAGCAGCACUACCUGUAUGUGCUGAUGUUUGUAAUGGACACGUUUCUUUGGCAGCAAGGUUAGAUUAUACAGUUCCGAACCCUUCUUCCCUGCUCCCCCCCGACUGCUGUUCCUACCCUGGGCCAUCCCUUCUGUUGUGCUGGCACAACUGCUGGUAGAGCUGUGUGAAAAAUAAGAUCGAGGAACUGAACUAGAUUAAAAGAACUCUGUACUAAAAAUCUUAAUUUGGGGUCAUAGUGAAAAUGUUUUGUAUUUCAUUAGCCUGGUAUUAAACAUCAUCCUUUAUAACUUUCUGUGCU